UACUGUAAAUAUAUGAUAAAUACUAGACACUUUUGUAUAUUCGCCGCGGUAUGCAAACAUCUAUAUUUUGAUACAAAGCAUUAUUUCGUAUUAUUAUCUCACUCUCUUGCAUGCAUCAAUCAAAAAUUUUAAAUUAUCAUGUAAUCAAGUAGACAGUAUGUUAAAACAAACAUGUAAGUAUUAUAUUCGAGCUAUAGAUGGCACUAAAAAGAAGUAAAAAGAAAGCCAAUUAGAUAAUUGUCAUCAUUGUAAAAUUUUAUUAAAAACAAUAUGGACAUAUAUUGAUAUUGUUAAAUUGAUAAGGUUUUCUUUUGCUGCGUAUUAUCAUGCAAUUGAUCUAUUAUAAUUGCUAACUUCGUUGUGAUAAUUAAUCAAGCAGGAUUAUCUAUCGAGCAAUAUAGGAAAGCACAAAAAUCAUGCACCGUGUGACUCCAACUUUAGGCUAAAACUUAAUGUAAAAUAGCAAAAUGAAAAUAGUUAUUGUUGGCGGUGGAGUUGUUGGAUUAACAACAGCUAGAUUUAUACAAAUGGGAUACUUUCGUAAUGCUGAUAUAACGGUCUUGGCCUCGGAUUUUGAUGAUAUUGUCAGUCACGUUGCUGCAGGAAUUUUCAGAGUUGGUGCUUCAUUUUGCGGUCCAAGUGAGAUGAUGACAAGGUAUACAUAAAAAAAAAAGCAAACGACUAUAAAAACAAUUACAAAGAAUCAAAAGCCAAUAACUGAUAUCUCUGGAUAUAUAUUUGCUAAUUCAUCUCGAAAUGUUGUUAAGAAUCAUUGGCUUGAAGGCGUCGUACCUGUGUAUAGAAACGCAACUGAAGAAGAAUUUGAAUUAAUUGAGGGCAAUUGGAAGUAUGGGUCGUAUUUGUCAACCCUUCUGACACAAGGAAAUUUAUAUGUUCCAUGGAUUAAAUAUCGAUUGCUGUCAGAGGGAAUUACAUUCAAAAAAGGAAAAGUGAAUUCUUUCAAAGAACUUAUUGACGAUUACGAUAUCAUAAUAAAUUGCACAGGACUUGGAGCACGUAAAUUAUGCGACGACAAACGUCUUGUUUCUCUGCGUGGUCAAGUGCUUAAAGUAAAGGCACCGUGGAUCAAAACUUUCUUUUAUGGCGAGUUGGAUACUUACAUCAUACCAGGCUUUAACAAUGUGGUUACUUUAGGUGGAUCAAGAAACUUCGAUUCUGAAAAUCUAAAAUUAUGUCCACAUGAAUCUGUAGCGAUUCGCGAAAGAUGUGAGAUGCUAGUCCCAUCUUUGAAAAGUGCAAAACUCAUACGACAAGAAGUCGGUUUGCGACCACAUCGAGAAGGUGGUGUCAGAGUCGGAGAAGGGCAACGAAUUAGUGAACGUUCCAAUACUAUGAUUAUACAUAAUUAUGGACAUGGUGGUUAUGGAAUUUGUAUGGCACCUGGCACUGCUAUAACAGCUGUGGAUGCAACCAUCAAACUUUACAAAUCUACUAGUUCUAAAAUAUAAAUUACUGUAAAUUAUGUAAAUUAUACAUCUAUGGUAAAUGUUUAAGUUUUUCGUCCUCCCCUCCAAAUCUCCUAAAUAAUUAUCUAUUUUUUUAUUAUAAA